GCGACAGACAGCGCCAAGACAUUUUCCCCUGUCCUGUCCCUGCUCCCUUGGAAAUCUGCCAGCCCCACUUCCCGCCGCCAGCACGACAGCCAGCCAGUAAAACAGCUCACCGCCUGCUCGAAUGAGCCAUCAGGGCUCUCUUAUCGCCAUAAUCGCAGCUCCCCACAAUAAAGGGGGGCAAGGAGGGGUCGUGAAAUUGGGGAGAAACCGCCGAGUACGUAACGACCCAGUUGUUGAUAUCCACCUUUGUCACUUGUGGUACCUGAUCGGUAGAAUCGCCUUGUCACUUGUUAUUGUUCUCCCGUGUUACCCAAACAGGCAGUAAAUCGGCAACUGCCCGCCCCUUUCCCCUUCGCUUGUAAUUUAUAUAGAACCCCAGACAAGAUGGCUGCGCCGCAAAAGACCACUCUCCAGGAAUUCGAGUCCGUCUUCCCCAAGCUCGAGGAGGUUCUACUCGAGCAUGCCAAGUCGUACAAUCUCCCCGAGAAGGAGCUCGCUUGGUACAAGAAGUCCCUCGAGAUCAAUACCGUCGGCGGCAAGUGCAACCGCGGCAUGUCGGUCCCCGACUCCGUCUCCCUCCUCCUCGGCCGCCCCCUCACCGAAGAUGAGUACUUCAAGUCGGCCACCCUCGGCUGGAUGACCGAGCUCCUCCAGGCCUUCUUCCUCGUCUCGGACGACAUCAUGGACUCGUCCAUCACCCGCCGCGGCAAGCCCUGCUGGUACCGCCACGAGGGCGUCGGCAUGGUCGCCAUCAACGACGCUUUCAUGCUCGAGGCGGCCAUCUACGCCCUCCUCAAGAAGUACUUCCGCGACCACCCCCGCUACGUCGACCUCCUCGAGCUCUUCCACGAGGUCACCUUCCAGACCGAGAUGGGCCAGCUCUGCGACCUCCUCACCGCCCCCGAGGACGUCGUCAACCUCGACAACUUCUCCAUGGAGAAGUACCGCUUCAUCGUCAUCUACAAGACGGCCUAUUACUCCUUCUACCUCCCCGUCGCUCUCUCUUUGCUCCUCCUCGACAUCGCCACCCCCGCCAACCUCAAGCAGGCCGAGUCCAUCCUCAUCCCUCUGGGUGAGUACUUCCAGAUCCAGGACGACUACCUCGACAACUUUGGACUUCCCGAGCACAUUGGCAAGAUCGGCACCGAUAUCAUGGACAACAAGUGCUCCUGGCUCGUAAACCAGGCUCUUGCCAUUGUCACCCCCGACCAGCGCAAGAUCCUCGAGGAGAACUACGGCCGCAAGGACAAGGCCAAGGAGACGGUCAUCAAGAAGCUGUAUGACGAUCUCAAGCUUGAGCAGCGCUACCAGGAUUAUGAGGAGAAGUUUGUCACUGAGAUCCGGGAGCGGAUCGGCCAGAUUGAUGAGGCUGAGGGGCUCAAGAAGAGCGUGUUUGAAGCUUUCUUGGCGAAGAUUUACAAGCGCAGCAAAUAAAUGCCUGGUUUCUGUGGAGGAGGACUUCAUAAGAAGGGGGCUGCAAUAAAAAGCGAGCGUCGUUGGGAUUUCCUUCCCAUAGCUAUAGAAGGCCAUCUCGGGUUGCAACCCUUGACAUGAAAAAAGAAUAAUAAAUCAGAAUAGUAAAGCAAUACACCUAACCUAAUCAUAUAAACACAUGGAUGACACUCCAAUAACUGAAACAGUGAAG